CGUCGCUGCCAGGCGCCGGGCGGCACGUUGGCUGGGCUUUCGGCGGGCUCCUCGGGCAAGCCAAGAUGUCUAUGGCCAGUGAUUUCUACCUGCGCUACUACGUCGGGCACAAGGGCAAAUUCGGACACGAGUUCCUGGAGUUCGAGUUUCGGCCAGACGGAAAGCUUAGGUAUGCCAAUAACAGCAAUUACAAAAACGAUGUUAUGAUCAGAAAAGAGGCUUACGUACACAAGAGUGUAAUGGAGGAACUGAAGAGGAUUAUUGACGACAGUGAAAUUACGAAAGAGGAUGACGCCUUGUGGCCUCCGCCCGACAGGGUUGGCCGGCAGGAACUUGAAAUUGUAAUUGGGGAUGAACAUAUUUCUUUUACAACAUCAAAAAUAGGUUCGCUUAUUGACGUGAAUCAGUCAAAGGACCCUGAAGGCCUGCGAGUGUUUUAUUAUUUGGUACAGGAUCUGAAAUGUUUAGUUUUCAGCCUCAUUGGAUUGCACUUCAAGAUUAAGCCAAUUUAAAUUGUGUGUUUUUCAAGCUGUGUAUAUAUUUAAUUGGGUGUGGGUAGGGAGGGCUUGUCAUUACAAUAUGGGGAUUUUUAUGAAUGUGAAAAGAAUUUUUUGUAUGUAAAUUGAAAAUAAAAAAAUACUUGAACAGGCUUAGUAGUUAUUUUCACUUGGGUCCAAGUGGGUUGGACACUUCCCACACACAUUAAAUUCUGUAAGUAAAAUCCUACCUUUUGUUGAAAUUUUGCUCCAAUAAAACAUAUCUAAGGCUGAAUGGAGAGUGGUUUUUAU